UCGACCUGAGCAGUCGGGGCUGUCGAGAUGGCGGCUGCGGCUCUGAUAGGAAAGCGGGUGUCCGGCUGGGCCCGGCACCGCGCCUGUCGGGGGCUUUCACUGGUGCGGCGAGGCUGCGCCGGAGACUCUUUGGACGACGCGGUGAAUGGGCUGAGCACGGAACAGCAGCAGCUUAGACAAACCAUGAUCAAAUUCUGUCAGGAGCACUUGGCUCCAAAGGCCCAAGAAAUUGACCAGCAGAAUGAAUUUAAAGGCAUGAGGGAUUUUUGGAAGAAGCUGGGGGAACUGGGAGUUCUGGGAAUAACUGCUCCUGCUGAAUACGGUGGAUCUGGGAUGGGCUACCUUGACCAUGUGUUGGUGAUGGAAGAAAUUUCUCGGGUUUCCGCAGCGGUUGGGCUGAGCUACGGUGCCCAUUCUAACCUUUGUAUUAAUCAGUUAGUGAGGAAUGGUAAUGAAGCACAGAAAGAAAAAUACCUGCCCAAGCUUAUCAGUGGAGAGCAUGUUGGAGCUCUUGCCAUGAGUGAAGCCAACGCUGGUUCUGAUGUGGUCUCCAUGAAGUUGAAGGCAGAUAAACAAGGGGACUAUUAUGUUUUGAAUGGGAACAAGUUCUGGAUUACCAAUGGGCCAGAUGCUGAUGUUCUGAUAGUGUAUGCCAAAACAAAUCCCAGUUCUGUUCCAGCUUCUCAGGGUAUAACUGCAUUCAUUGUAGAGAAGGGAAUGCCUGGUUUCAGCACUGCCCAAAAGCUUGAUAAGCUGGGGAUGAGAGGGUCAAAUACCUGUGAACUGAUCUUUGAGGACUGCAAGAUUCCUGUUGCAAAUGUCCUGGGGCACUUGAAUAAAGGAGUCUAUGUGUUAAUGAGUGGCUUGGAUCUGGAGAGACUCGUGUUGUGUGGUGGACCACUGGGAAUCAUGCAGGCUGUCCUUGAUCAUGCUUUGCCUUAUUUACAUGUGAGAGAAGCGUUUGGACAGAAAAUUGGCCAUUUCCAGCUUAUGCAGGGUAAAAUGGCUGACAUGUACACACGGCUGACGGCGUGUCGACAGUAUGCCUACAAUGUAGCAAAAGCCUGUGAUCAAGGACAUUUCAGUGCAAAGGACUGUGCAGGAGUGAUUCUCUACUCUGCAGAAUGUGCUACUCAAGUUGCUUUGGAUGGAAUCCAGUGUCUGGGUGGAAAUGGCUACAUCAAUGACUACCCAAUGGGCCGUUUCCUGAGAGAUGCCAAACUAUAUGAAAUUGGGGCAGGAACUAGUGAAGUGCGAAGGAUUGUCAUUGGUCGAUCAUUUAAUUCUGCCUUUAAGUAACAGCACCAGAGAAGUAGCGUUCCCCAAAGCAAGAGGCCUUGAGCUUCCAAGACUGUAAAGCGCACAAGUACUUUUCUGUUCCUGUUACCACUUUGGCCACCUCUGUGUGACUCUUCUUGACCUCUGGCUCUCUGUGCAAGUGCUGCUAGAUUUUUCUAAUGUGAUUAUAUUGCACUGGAACAGACUGGGCACUUCAAGUGGAAUAUGUGGACAUUUGCCGUCAUGCCUCAUUCUAAAGAGAAUGACAUUUUUUAACCAGUGACCUGUUUCCAAGAAUCAUUAAAGUAGAUUCCC